CUACUGUAUAUAAAUAUUACACGCAUUUCUUUCAUGCCAAGUAAAGGUUAUUUUAUUUUACAUAUUUGCUGCUUCCAUUUGUAUUUUUACAAAGAGGAGACACUUUUAUCAUGACCCAUGUUUGGUCUUUUUUUACACAGAGAGAUUUUUUCCCUAAACUGUGAGCUAUAAUGAAUUGAAAGCAGGACUGUAAACUCCAAGCCCCCCAGACAACCAGGCUCUGGCUAUAUAGCCCGCAUGUUGCAGCUCGGUUUGUGAUUCACUGAAAUGCCAAGUUUGGCCAAUAGACUAAUACUCGGGCGUUCGAAACGCGUUCACAUUGUAUCUUGCAGAUUCUAGAACGCUGCGGUCCUCUCCCAUCUCAGCAGCCAGCUGCAGCCUAUCCUUCAGCGCCAAGACAGCAAGUAACGCCCAUUCCCCCAGAAUCCUUUGCGCGGACUGGCAUAGCUAGCCAGAAGUAGGAAUGUCCUCCGCAUCGCCGCCCUAGUCGUCAUCCUGCUGCGUUCUGUGCACUUCCGGUUUAUCACACGCUGCUAUGCCGGUUGGUGAUCACUAUGUGCAGGUAAGAGACUUACCCAUUCUUUCUGCUUCUGUAUACAGUGACUGUAUGAACACUGGACGGGGUGUGCAUUGCGGUACAGAACUGAUUCAUGUCCUCCAGGGACACUGUCAUCAUCAAUUCACUGGAAACUAGUUGCAUUCCUGUGGUGGCUCCUUGGUGAAUACCGUUUAUUACAUAAAACACCCAUUCUAGCUGUCCUGUUUGUUUACAAAAUGUAUAUAAUCCUUGCUUUUAGAGUGAGAUCUGUGUGUGUACUCUAUUAACAAUAAAAUACAUCAUGUCUGUAUUAGCUAGUUGUCUAAACUAGGGGGCUGGUUGGUAUUUUAUGCAGAUAGUUGGUAUUGUAUACAGAUAAUUUAAUGAUUUUAAAUAGUUACAUCAGUGUAGUUGGCAAAUCUAUACACUGUCCUGUCCAAAUGUAUACCCAAGGAAUACGUUUUUGAAGGUAUAAGACUUUAAAGCAUUGUAUGAAAACUUAAAUCAUAACAUGCUUUGAAACUGUAACUGAAGAUGGUGAAAUCAUCUGUUUCCUUGCUGAUACAAAAUAUUCAUAUACUGUACCAAUAUAUUUCAAUAUGAGGCAGACUUUGUUUUUGCUGCAGGAAUCCAUUCAUAUUUAGGGGUGUCCACUGAAUUUAUAUGAAAGAGAGUUCUACAAACCUGCUACAUUCAAACAUAGUGUUUGGAGGGAUUGUCAUUGUUUUCCCACUGUUCUUUAGUAAUACCCGUUAUACUUGUUUGACAUUCUAAUAUGGCCUUGGCAGCUCAGUUGCGUAAUGAAUGAGUUUAACUUAACUCCUGAUGAAAGUCCAGUUUGUUGGACUGAAACCUUGAUCACUGAAUUUAUAUGAAAAGAGACCAGUGAGUGCACUUCUUCGUGUUACAUGUAUUACUGGGCUGGAUUAGUCGCUUGGCAACUAUCACUGCCUUAACUUCGAUUGCUGGAACGUAAUAUUGAGAUAUAAGUAUUCAGAUGUAUGCCCACAAUGUGUCUCGUCACAUUUAUUGAGCAUCAUGUACCAAUACUGCUGCCACAAUUCUCACAGUAUUAGACUUGCCUCUACUGCACUCCUCACAUCAGUGCUUUAAUAGAAUAUUUAUGGGAAUGAGGAACUGUCACUUUCAAAGCUUAUAAAAGCAGGCAGCUCGGUCUACUUUGGUAUUUAAAGAGUUGUCACCCAGUCAUUUUUAUCACUAUAUUUUUUCUAAAAUUAGAGCUUAUAUAUUUUUCAGAAUUUAUUAGCCACCUUCAUCACAUUGUGUUUUGGAUUUUUUUAAGCCCAGUGUACACUGUGCAGUUGAAUACAAAUUGUACUUACUCUGGCAAAGGCCUGGAAUGUAAAGCUGCAUUGAUAACACACAAAUUUAUUUAAAAUCCUGAGUUUCCUGUAUGUCUAGUUUUGUUAACUGAUCUCUGAUUUUAACUCUCUUGUAAUAAUCCUUUCCAUAGCACAUUUUCCAGAUUGGAUCAGAUACACACAGUAUUAUUUGGGCAGGGAACAGAUCUGCAAUUUGUAGAACACCCAAGGCACUGGCCAGUAAUGCAUUGCUACACGUUUCAGACAAGAAAGCUGCUUUAUUGAUGAGUUUAAUGAUUUUAUUACUACAGAAUCCAGGUGAUCAUAGUUAUUCGCGUUUUAUGGUUGUUGCCUAAACCUGUAGAAAAGAUUUGUAGAGCCUUGUUCAGCAGAAUUACACAUCCCAGACAAGUUCACAGACUUUGCUUUCCCAGAGAAUUUGUUAGAAUGCAGUGUAUACUCUGUAGCUAGGCAUUCUGAGUAGGAGUGUGUAAAUUAGACAUUCAGUUGCCUUUUAGCCAUGGUGUUUUUGUUUACAUCAGGCCUUUCUGACAAUUCAUUCUGCGUAGGUGAGUUAAUGAGAGGCUUGGGAUAAAGAUUCAUUGCUAUAGAACCCACUUACCAUAGGGGAAGAAUUUUCCUUUUUAUUUGCAUUAACAGAUAUUGUAAAACACCCGCCCCCCACGCAAUGCUCCCAUGCCUGUAUGCUAAAAAUGUCUGUCUGGUUUCCAAAUUAGACACAAUGUUUUUAAGGUGGCCCUCUCAUUUCUCCAAUAUUGGUGUAACGUACAAUCCAUGUGUUUAGUAAUGGUUAAAAAAAAUAUAUAUAUCUCAAAAAGAAGUGGCUGCUCACUGGACUUAAAAAAACAAAAAAAAUUAUUGAAUAAUGUUAAAAAUCAACCGAAUUGGUCGAUUUUUAACAUUAUUCAAUAAAAUUUUGGGGGUUUUUAAGUCCGGUGAGCAGCCACUUCUUUUUGCGAUUUGUGUCUAUUGGAGCUCUGACGUAUGUACCCGGUGUUGGGAAAAAUUAAGCGUGAGUGCAGGGUUUUUUCUAUUUUUUUUUAUAUAUAUAUAUAUAUAUAUAUAUAUAUAUAUAUAUACAUAUAUAUACAUACAUACAUACAUACAUACAUGCAAUUGUAUUUUUUUAAGCUGGAUUUUAUCUAGCUAACCUUUUCAUGUAAACUAUCUGUGGCAAAAUAUUGCAAUAUUGGAUUUUAUGUCACUUCCAUGUUCUUUGUCUAAUGCACUUUGUGUGGGUAUAUGUAUAUUAAGGGAUGCCAAACUAUCUCAAAAUACUUAAUCUCAGUGAAGUAGUAUGGGUGCAGUAAUCUUGUCAUUUUAACCCUGGAAUAUAAAAUGUUUAGAUACUGCAAUGUUUACAUUUCAGAGUUAAAUCUACCACAAGUGGCUGUUUUCCUGAGAGCCGCUAGAGGUCAUAGGAAGCAGUUGGAUUCAAUGGGAAGCAUUGGAUGGACAUGUGGCACUCAGAGCGCAUGUGCAUUAGGUCCCCAAUGCUCCUCUAUGACAAGUAUUGGAUUGGACUGUACCAUUGCUCUAACUUUUAUUUCGGGGGGAGGGGAGGAGGACUGUAUAAAACUAGAAAUGGGGCACAAAAGCAUUAAAGGGACAAUAUAGUCACCAGAACAACUUGAGCUUAAUGAAACCGCUUUGGUGUAUAGAUCAUGCCCUUGCAGUUUCACUGUUCAAUUCUCUGCCACUUAGGAGCUAAAAUGUUUUUAUUUUUAUUUAUUUUUUAAUACAGCCCUAGGCACACCACCUGGCAUGUGAUUAAGACAGCCUUCCUAAACACUUCAUUUUAAGAGUCAUCUAAUGUUUACACUUACUUUAUUGCAAAUUCUGUUUAAUUUAGAUUUUCUUACCUCCUGCACUGUUGUUAGCUGCUAGAUCCUACAGAAGCCUAUUGUAUGCCAUUAAAGUUCAAUUUAGAGAGCAGUAGAUGCAUUCUUUUAAAGUAAGUUUCAUCUGAUUUGAAAAUGAAACCAUUUUGUUUUCAUGCAGGCUGUGUCAGUCACAGUCAGGGGCGGUGUGACUAGGGCUGCACUAACAGAAACAAAAGGAUUUUACUCCUAAAUGGCAGAGAAUUAAGCAGUGAGACUGCAGGGGCAUGAUCUAUACACCAAAACUGCUUCAUUAAGAUAAACUUAUUUUGGUGACUAUAGUGUCCCUUUAAGGAUAUAAGUUUGUAUUCUUAACACUAUAGUGUUCAUUUACUCUAGAAUUUAAAUAAAUAAUUUAUUUACUUUUCUUUACUUACAGAUUUACCUAAACGGGCUAUACAUGGUGUGAGAGACAGCAGAAAGAUGAACUAAGCUAAUCACCUGAAGAUUGCCAAAGCAUUUAUUUCAUUUAGUUCACCGGCCUUUUAUUCAAGCUAAUCAUGGAGAGCAACGCCAUGGUUUCCAGAAGUGGUUUAUUAAAAAAAACUAUUUUGUGUUUCAUUUUGAUAACUCUGGCCAUACUAGUUUGCUCUGACCAGGACUACUAUAAUUUACUUGGCGUGUCAAAAGAAGCCAGCAGUAGGGAAAUCAGACAGGCUUUUAAAAAACUUGCACUGAAAUUACAUCCUGACAAAAAUCAGGUAAGUGACGGCUGUUUAUGUAUCAUGUUUGCUUGUGCACAUAUUGAAUAUUGCAACGCAGCAUUCUGGCAGUGCGGUAUAAAUGUUUCUAUUAUUGAUAUAUUAAAAGUAAUUUUUUAUUUAUUUUUUUUUUAUUGUUGGCUUUUGGCUUUUAAAUUUUAUGCAUAUCAUAUUUUUGGUUUGUUUUUUAACUCCACUGUAACUUACCGUGCCUGAUUUAGUGCAUUUGUCUUAAAGUUGUGAAUAGCAAGUAGCCUGUUUUCUAAGGACACCCACAGAACGAUAUGCAGCAUUCUAAAAGUGAUCCUUUUUAAUUAUUAGCGUCUUGUCUCACAGCACUUUGGGGGUGUGAUAGUGUUGCUGUGUGAUGCUUCAUACCACUGUAUAUGUAUUUUUAAAACUCUUUAAACCUGGCUUAACAAAACUGAGGAACUAUACUCAAAACUCUCUGCGCUUUAACUGCCAUGUUCCAGAGCCACAUUUUGAGCUACAUAGUGUUUGUGUUUUUUUUAAGUUUUGUUUUUAUUAUUAUUAUUAUUAUUAUUAUUAUUAUUAUUAUUGGUGGAAAAGUGAACUACUAGUGAUGUCCCGAACGGUUCGCUGCGAACUGUUCGCCGCGGACUCCAUUCAGCAGACGCAUUCCAGCCAAUCAGCAGCAGACCCUCCCACCUCCUGGACAGCUCACUAAGAAUGCAGCUUCAAAAUUGAUGCUGUCCAGGAGGUGGGAGGGUCUGGGAGGGAGGGUCUGCUGCUGAUUGGCUGGAAUGUGUCUGCUGACUGGAGUCCGUGGCGAACCGUUCGCGAAUCAUUCGGUGAACAGUUCGGGACAUCACUAUUAACUACAAAUCAUCAAUAAUUUUUUCCUCUUAAAAUGUAAUUAUAUACACAUUUUUAAUGGGAUCCUCCAAUGUUAUUUUAUUUAUUAUUUUUUAGAAUGAUCCUGAUGCACAUGAUAAAUUUUUAAAAAUAAACCGAGCGUAUGAAGUUUUAAAAGACGAAAACCUUCGAAAGAAGUAUGAUAAAUAUGGUGAGAAGGGCCUGGAGGACCAGCAGCAGGGAGGCCACUAUGAAAGCUGGAGUUAUUAUCGCUAUGAUUUUGGUAUGUGUUUUUUGGUUUUUCCUUCUCUUAUUUUAUCUUCGUAAACAGGACAUCACAUUUAUUUUUUACCUCUAAAGUGAUGUAUAAACUUUCCAGGAUUUACACAUCAAAAAAUACAGACAGGGUUGAUCAUUGAAAAUUAUCAUUAAUUCAAAUUUUAGGUCAAAAGCAAUGUACUUUUUGAAAACCACUUUGAAUUCCUGACCGUUUACACUUUCGUUAAUAAUCCUGUCUUAUUUUGUAUAAUUGGUAUAUUUUACUACGUCUUAAAGCAAAUUAAAGUGGUCGCCUUAUGUGAAACUCUUCAGUUCUUUUUUUUUGUUCUAUAUUUAGUUUAAACAGCAUCUUUCUUUUAACAGGUAUUUAUGACGAUGACCUUGAAAUUGUAACUUUGGAUAGCGGAGAAUUUGGUAAAUAUUUUAUUUAAUAUAUACAUAUAGAUUUUUUUAAUAUUUUUUUAAAUGUAUAUAAUCUUUAUGUAAUUUUUGUUUUUUUUCUCUCUUAAAUGUAACCCCUUAAAGAGACACUAGAUCGCCAGAACAAUUACAGCUUAAUGUAGUGAUUCUGGUGUGUAUAGCAUGUCCCUGCAGGCUUUUCAGAGAAAAGGCAGUGAUUACAUGUCUGCCAAGUAACACCUCUAGUGGCUGUCACUCAGACAGCCACCACAGGUGCUUUCUGUGUUAGUGCGCACACUGUGCAGCACUGCCGUUCAGUUUCUGCAUGGAGACGCUGAACAUUUCCCAUAGAGAUGCAUUGACUCAAUGCAUCUCUAUGAGGAGAUUCUGAUUGAUGCUGAUGUGGAAUAGCCUUUUAGUGCUUUCCUUUGGGAAAGCAGUUGAUUGACUGAGAUGAUUAAAAUUGAUCUAAGCCACGUAGGCGGGGAGCAGCAUGGGUGUAAAAAGUGAGUAAAAUCACUUUUUCUUAGCGAUCUAAUGGGGCUGUAGACAUGUGUGUAUUCCGGACACUACAGUGUUCCUUUAACCCCUUAAGGACCAAACUUCUGGAAUAAAAGGGAAUUAUGACAUGUCAGAUAUGUCAUGUGUCCUUAAGGGGUUAAGGACCCCAAGGCUCUUUUAUAACCAAGAUCUUUUUGGCACAUUUGCCAUGCGUUACUUCUAACACAAUUUCACCCUUUCUAUUUAUAUGCACUAUUACACAUAUUUAGAAUUUUAAAGGAGAAAUAGUGAUUUAUUUUAACACCCUAUAUGUGUUUAUAACAUUAUGUUAAAUAUGAAAAUGGGGGAGGGAAAGUGGUAUUUUUUAGUUUUAGUUUUUUUUUUUUCCUUUUAGAAGGACGCUAUAGGCACCCAGACCACUUCAUCUCAUUGAAGUAGACUGGGUGUACUGUGCCUGUCCCCUACAGCUGAAAACAUUGCAUUUUUGGAGAAACUGCAGUAUUAACAUUGCAGGGGUUAUACUGCUUUUAGUGGCUCUCUUGUGACAGCCACUAGAAAUGCUUCCUGCUGUUUCACGGAGUUUAGCUCUGUGAAACAAUGCUGGCCGUUCUUACACUUUGCAUGAGAUGUCCAGCAUCUUGCUAAACCCCAUAGGAAACAUUGAUUCUGUAACCCAAAUUUACACCUUUUCACCUCAUCCAACCCAUCCAACUCCUCACGCUGGCCUUCCUCACACCCCUAAUCCUAGCUCAGAAGGUUUCCCUCUGCUGACAUCAUGCUGAUUUCCACUAACUUUGGCCCAAGCCGACAGACAGGUACCUCUGGUAUAAUAUAAGUGGGGGUUCCCGGUUUUAAGCUGUGGCAGUCAGAAUUAAUAUGGCCAAGUGUGAUCGUUUAGUCAGAGUAUUUAAAUGGAUUUAAAGGACUAUGUACAGCUCUCACUUUGGGUGCUGCACUUUGCCAUUCUGUCAGUCUGCAGGCACAAACUGUAUCCCCAGCUGACAGAGGUGGUUUACUGGUAUCCAAUGAUACCUUGAGAUUUUACUUUAAUUAAAAAAAAAACAUUUGUAAUGGAAAAGAAAUACGUGUACAAGCUUAGACACAGUCACAAGAGCACAAAAUAAUAGUGGCAUGAAAGCUGUUCCUACUAUGUCAUACAAAAAUACUGCACACUUUUUUUUAUUUAUUUUUUAAACAUGGAAGAUAAACAAAGGAGUUUGUCUGCUAGCAUGGGUGUAUGAGAUUACAAAAAACAAAAUAUUGAUACCGCACUCCAAAUUUGAUGCUGAGAAAAAGUAUUUAAUUUAUAUACUAUGCAAGGUAAUUAGUGCAUCACUUCAAUCAAAAAAAGAAAGAGGAUUGAUAGUAUGUAUGUGCAAAGAUAUUUACAUAAAGAUUGCUUACUGCAUUCUGUACACUGAUUAUAUAAAAAAGAUAUAGCCAAUAUUUGUAAAUCAGAUGAGAAGAAAAUCCAUUAAGUUAAAUCGUUGUAUAAAUUUAAUUCUAAAAUUACAUAUAUAGUGCAUACAGAAAUUAUUGCAAGUGGAUAAUUCAUAUGUCCUGUAAACUGUCUGCAUAAAAAACUGUUUAGUAAAUAUGUUUAAGAGACCAGAUCCCAAAGUCCACACUGUAAUUGUGUAUGAUGCACUUGCAGCACCAGUCAAUAGUAGAGUUAUGGGACUUGGGGAAAAAAAAUUGAAAAAACAAAGCAUAAGAAAGUCUCAUAUAAAAAAAAAUUCCUUGUGAGUACUGAAAUGUCUGUACAAAAAGAAAAAAUGAAAUAAAGCAAAGAAAAAAAAAUAUAGAUGAUAAUGGUUGGAUCUCACCAGACUAGAAGGGUACUGGGAGUACUUGGAACCAAUACAGGUGGAGGCUGGGAGAUGUCAGGUUUCUGUUGCCACGAUCCCUGUUAUGGUAGUCUUGCAGAAAUGUGUGUUCGUGAUCUGUCCAAAGAGUAGCUGGUUGGAGGGAUCGUGGGGAGAGCAGUGCUGCUUGGAAUAAGUGCUGGGUUCUCUUGCAGGAAACAGCUCACCGGGGGGCUGAAGGGCUUCAAAGGCCCUUCAGGGAUAUCUAUCCCGAGCACGCAGACCCCCGGUGAACUGUAUACAGCUUAAGAUCGCCUCCGGGUCGGAGGGAGCGUUGGCUGGUACUUUCAAUGCAUGACGGGCUAUGCCAUCAACAGGCAUAAACGCCCAGCAUGACGGCAUAGGCCAUCGUGGGGUCGUUAAGGGGUUAAAAGAUUUAGUUUGUUUUGGUUUUGCACAUAUUUUAUACGAUCAUGAUUCUUAUAUCAAAUAAUCCCUUCUACACUGACAUAAAUAAUAUGCUUUUUAACCAUGGAAAAAUAUUCUUUAUUAACUCAUAGCUGUUACUCACUGUUUCCAAUUUAUUUUUUGUUUUGUUUCUUGGGAGAUUUUCAGGGUGUGCCUAUAUCUGGGGACUGGCAAUGACCAGUGCUUCCCAAGACUAUUUCAUGUAUAGUAAGAGGUUUUUGUAAUCACGUAAGACAUUUAACCAGUUGUCAGCUAACAUAUCAGGAGUAUAUAAUAAAAAGCAAAUUUGCUUAAAGGGACAGUCUGAGCACAGCGUUAAUUUCACCUUAAUGAAUUGAUUUAGGUACAUAGAUGCUCCUCCUGCCAUAUCUAAGAAUAAGCACGGUUUACAGUUCUAAUUUCAACACCGGAACGGGGGUUCAGACUAAAAUAGAUUUAGUUAAAAUUAUUAUGCUGACGCUCAAUUAAAUGUGCAUGCAGUGUAUGUCCUUAGUGUGUCUGUAUGGGACGUAUCUGAUUGAGCAAAAGUCAGCAGGACUGUCUUGGCACGUGAAUAAGUGUCUUAUGGUUUUUGGGGGUUUUUUGUUUGGGUUUUUUAAAUCCUUAAAUAAAACAGAGGGCCUGUAUUAAACGCAUAAAGAACAUGUCUAAAAACAACAUUCAAAUUUAAGAACUGUACUUGUGUGAUAGAUAUUUAAUUAUUUAUAAAAAAAAAAAAAAUAUUAGGCUUUUUCAGUUAACUACAAGAUAUCAUCAUGUUUGCAAAAUGUACCUCUUUUAUCACAGACAUACAUUUGUUACUAAGCACUUAUAAGGAAGUAUUUACACAAACUUCUUUCCCAACACAAUUUCUGCUGUUUAAACACCGCUCUGCACAUUAAUGAGUUCUGCAAUAGGCUUAUUUACACCAAGCAUUCAGGGGUCCUGAGGAUAGAAGUUGCUUUUUCAAAGAGACAUUUCAACCUCCUGUCUAAAAACUGUAAACUCGAUUCACUAAUUACUCUGUGGCUUUAUUCAUUUUGCACCUUUUGUUUUCCUUUUAGACGGCGCUGUCAACUCUGGGGAAUUGUGGUUCAUUAAUUUCUAUUCUCCUCGAUGCUCGCACUGUCAUGAUCUGGCACCAACGGUAUGAGAGAGAAAAUAUCUUAUUUUUAAUACUAUUUCAUCACGGUUUCAAAUUCUAUGUCGCACAGAUGUCUUAAUGUACCAUCUCCCCUGUGGCAUUUGAGAAUUAGUAGCUGUUACAUUUUGUACAAAAGUACACGUUACAAUUUAUUGGCAGCUUCUGAACUAGUUACCACCUAGGACCGUAGCGCCCACCUAUCUAAAGAAGCACUGUCCCAGUCCUGCCCAAAGAGCGAAGUCCUCCCAUCAGCCAAUACACUGUACUAGACUUUAACCCAUAUGCUACAUAAACACUUACGCUAACCAUAGCCUAAAUAUCAGGUGAUCCAAGAGAUACAUAACUGGGAAUGUGUAUUAUGGAAAAUAGUUCCAUGUUGGGUCUCUGGUAUACAUUAAGCUCUACUCUAUGCAAACCAUUAACUCUUACAAUAUACCGUAACCUUCAACCCCUACACUAAUCAAAAAUAUUAUCAUAUUAAAGAUGUAUAACAGUGACACAUGUGGUGGUGGUAAUAGUAGUAGUAGUACAAAAGUGAACUGUUCAUGUGUGUGCAGAAUAAAUAUCUUUAUUGUGGGAAAUUGUUACCCUUGAGGGCUUCUGGAGACAUCACAAAUCUUGAGGCCAAAGGGUUUUAAGGAUGUUUUUUUGUUAUUUGGGGAGCAUUCAGUAUGUCCAGGUAAUGCCCAAGAUAAGUGAGAGUUACACUCUCGACUAGCAGUUAUUUCAGACUGCUGAAAUAAAAUCACAGCAGCUGUCUCUUGGGAGUGUAACUCCCUCUAAUCUUAGGAAGACAAGGAAAACAAAUAUCCCAGUGCUACCCUUACAUGAAAUGGUCCCAAUUAACUGCUACUCUUCCCUAAAACUUAUCAACUAAGGCCCAGAUUUAAUAUUUUUCUUUAAGCUUUUCAAUUAUGAAAUAUUUUGAUAUUUUUAAUGUUUUUUUUUUUUAAUAUUUAUAUAAAAUGUUUUAGAUAUUUAAAUAUUUCCCCAAAAAUAAUUGUAAACGUUUAUCCAAAUAUGACAUAGGUCUAAAUUAAAGGGACACUAUAGUCACCCAAACAACUUAAUGAAACAACGUGGUUUUGGUGUACAGUGAUUUAAUAAAAUAAUUAAUAAAUAAAAACCCCAGCCCUUCUCUCUCUCCAUUCCCUUACCCCAUCGCCGCCGUUCCCCCACCGGCGAUUGGCCUUCUUCUCCACUGGGGGGGACUCACUGACAGCCCAGACAGUCCCCCCUCUAAAAAAUGAGACCCCAAGGGCAGUGUGAUCACUCUGAAAGAGCAUUACAUGGCUGCAACAGCAGUCCAUAGUGUUGCCUGCAUGGGGACUGCCUGAACUGACAGGCAGUCCCCCUGCUGGUGAAAAAAGUUUAAAAAUAAAAAAAUAAAGUUAUUAAAUUAUAGAUGUAGAUGCGUAACAGAUUUUGAGGGUCAAAGUUAGAAAAAGUGUGUUUUUGUUUUUUUGUUUUCAUUAUAAUUUAUAAAAAAAAUAAAAUUAUAGUAAAUUAUGAUAUGAUGAACAUAAUGGUAUCUUUAACCAUUUAAUGGCGAGAAAACCAGUAUAUAAUAUGUGUGGGUACAGUAAAUGAGUAAGGGGAAAACUACAGCUAAACACACACCGCAGAAAUAUAAAAACAGCCCUGGUCCUUAACGGUAAGAAAAUUUAAAAACGGUCUGGUCACAAAGGGGUUAAGGAAAACCAAUAUGACUCAGUGAACCGAAACGUAUACUCUUUGCCUGUAUAAUUGGCUAUAAAAUCUUUCUAUCUUUUUUUUUUUUUUGUGAUAAAACCUACUGCACCUAACUCUAAUCCUAAUAUAUGCCCUGGUUCUGAGAUUAGGGGCCCCACUUUGUAAUGGGAACUAAUUGGGAUGCUAUGCCAUCUUCAUGUGUGCAGUGUGGUAUUUUAAAACAUAAUUGCCAUUUGAUAUACUGAAAUCCAAUCCCUGCAACUUCUAAAUUUCAGGUAAAGUGCAGUUUGUAUGUCGUUUUUUGCAAGUCUUGAAAAUAAUAUAUAAACAAUUAGUAGGCAUGAAAUAUUUUUGUGUCUUUUAGUUUGGUAUAAUUUUACCUUUUGCUAUUGAGAGUCUAAAAUCUUCAACCAUGUGUUUCAUUUCAUGUAAUAUUUUUAGUGGAGAGAAUUUGCUAAAGAAAUGGACGGACUCAUUCGAAUUGGAGCUGUGAACUGUGGCGAUGACAGAAUGCUUUGCCGAAGCCAAGGAAUCAACAGCUACCCAAGUCUCUACAUUUUCAGAACUGGAAUGGUAUGUGUCAUUGCUAUAUUAUAUCAUUAGAAUAGUAACAGGAUUAUUAUAUCUGGUUAUUUGAAAGACGUGUGUGUUUUUACAUGUGAGCAAACAUCUUAAUUGUCCCAGGUUUGGCAGAAAAUCUUAGCUGUCCCGGGUUGGUUUUCAGUAUUCAGUUAUUGGUGACACCAGGCAAUUGCCCUCCAAUAAGCACAUACCUCUCAUUAGAUAAGGUCCAAGAGCUCAUAUUCAGACGCAUUUUGAACAUACAUACACACACACACACACACACACACACACACACACAGACACACACACCACUGACACACAUGUCUACAGGCCUGACCAAAUAGAUAAUUUACUUUUAUAAAACCAUGUAUCUGGGCUACAAAUAGCUGAACAACCUGUAGGAGGGUUUCCUGACUUUUUUCCCUUUAAUUCGGUCCUUAGCGUGGAUAUCUAUCAGGGUUACUCACCAAAGUGAACGUCAAAUUUUAAGGGACACUAUAGUCACCAGUGUAACUACAUGUAUUCCUGACCCACGACCAUCUAGCCCCCCUGGGCCACUCAUGCCUCCAUAAAUAUAGUAAAAAUCUUACUGUAUUCAAGCCAGAAGCUGUAAAUCUGCAGGCUGUUAGACUCAGUCAAAACAAGCAGUCUGCUGACAUGUUAUAGCCUGACAGUGCUUCCCCAUAGGAUUGGCUGAGACUGACAAGGAGGCAUAUCAGGGGCAGAGCCAGCAUGAUUCAAACACAGCCCUGGCCAUUCAGCAUCUCCUCAUAGAGAUGAAUUGAAUCAAUGAAUCUCUAUGAGGAAAGUUCAGUGUCUGCAUGCAGUGGGAGGAGAUACUGAAUCACAGGAUGCUCGUGCACAGCAGAUCUGAGUGGAUGGAGGCAUAUUAUGCCUCCAUCAACUCAGAAGUCCCUCUGGUUCACUCUUGAGUGACUGCAACUGGAGGUGUUCCUAGCUUUCAAAGUAAACACUAUAUUUUCUCAGAAAAUACAGUGUUUACAUGAGAGAGGCUGCAGAGAGCUAUAGUUCUCACCUGAAAAACCUCAUUAAGCUGAAGUUGUUGGUGACUAUAGUGUCCCUUUAAGUCCAGGGUAGCUAAAUUGGAAGAAUAACAGAGUUAGUGAAUUUGUCCAUUUCGUCUCUUUUUACCUCGAAUUUGAAUUUUACUUUGAUUUGUCACUUUAGCGAAAAACCCUUUUAUGUGUAGAACUGACUGACGGGGGAGACUAUUGUAUAAAUAUUUUAGAAUCUAUGUAUUUGUUAGCAUUUAUUCUAGCACAAUGUAUAGACUUUGAGCAGAAGUUGUUGUAAACAGGACAGGGAGAUUCUUAAAGGAAUACUAUAGCGUUAGAGUUCUUCCUCCACUAUUUUGGUGCAGACCCCUUAAAAAUAAUUAAAUAAAAGAUAUACUUGCCUUAAUUCCCCCCAGCAGCCUUUCCUUCUUAGACCACUCUAAUGAUUCCUAGUGCGCUUGACAGGGAAUCCUGCAACGAUUACAAGACGGCCACAACUGUCUGACAGCCACUAAAGGUUAUCAUAGGCGUCAAUGUAAACAAUACCUUUUCUCAGAAACAGUCCCUGUAGAACCAUUACGUUAGUCUGUAGUCGUUUUGGUGCCAAGAGUGUCCCUUUAAAAAAGCUAACAUUGAUUACCACUAAGGGAUAGCGGUUUAAAGGGUAGCCAGCAAGGAAUGGAGUUUUAUGCUAUAGGCAUAAAUGGUGAAUACUAGUGUGACUGAAAGGUUGCAUAUCAUGUCCCAUGAAAGUUUCUAACACCACUAAUAUUGCUAAAUAUUUCAUACACCUCCUGUGUUAAUUAUCUGGUACCUAACACUUCUUUUCUAUUACAGAAUCCAGUAAAAUAUUUUGGGCAGCGAACAUCAGAUGAUUUGGUUAAUUUUGCAAUGCAGUAUGUGUCUAGUACAGUGACAGAGUUGUGGGCAGGUAUGUAUAGUAAUGACUGCUGUUCUCAAUUCAGAAUAAAUUCUUGCAUGCCCGGAUUAGGAUUUUAUUUAUAGUUUUAGACUUUUUCAGACUUUAAGUAGUUUUAAUUUCUAGUGAUUUGAUUAACCUGCAUAAAUCUUUGCAUGUGCCAGUUUAAUUUGCGACUCAUAUUUUUUUUGUGAAAUUAAAGGACCGCUUUAGGCACUUAGACCACUCCAGCGUUUUAACCCUGCAGCUGAAAACAUAGCAGUUUCAGAGAAACUGCUAUGUUUACACUGAAGGUUAAUACGGCUUCUAGUGGCUGUCUCACUGACAGCCGCUAGAGGCGCUUCCGUGAUUCUCACUGUGAAAAUUGAGUAAUGCUUUCCUAUGGGCGGUUUGAAUGCGCAUUCGGAUCUAACGUCGGCAGGAGGAGGAGAGGUCACCAGCGCCGAGCGAGCCUGGCGCUGGAGAAAGGUAAGUGGCUGAAGGGAUUUUAACCCCUUCAGCCCAGCGGAGGGGGGCCCUGAGGGUGGGGGGGACCUAACGACCCUAUAGUGUCAGGAAAACACUAUAUAUUUUUCAGUUAUUGAAGGCAAUGUUCCUCAUUUCUUUUUAAACAAUUUAUAUCUGAUCUUUAUUGUUUUUUAAAUUUAUUUUUAAUCAUUCAUUUAUUUCAUUUUAGGAAACUUCCGAAAUUCCAUUGAAACCGCCUACGCCUCUGGGCUUGGUUGGCUAAUCACUUUCUGUGCUGACACAGGCGGUAAGAUUAUUACUGUUUGCGAGAUUGUCGUAUCACAUCCAGUUUGCAAAGCCUGUUGCUAAACUGCUACAACCAGUUUGAGCUUAUUUACUGAUCACAUUACACCUAAUUUUACAUAUGAAAGAAUAACACAUGCUUAAAUAUCUUGCUCUAGAUGGGUUGAGAAAUCCCGGUAAAAUCAGACACGUUUAUUUCACCUGCAUGGCAAUCACUAUAUUGCAACACACCGGAGUGGCCACUUAGUGAAUCAUCUGUUAAAAAAAAAACCCCCAAAAAACGAUUAACACUUAAAGUGAAACCAGUUGUAAUUGAGCAAAGUGGUCAAAAGCUUGUAAAUAGUGAUGUCGCUGCCUUCAACAUGGAUGCUGUCCAGGAGGUGGGAGGGUCUGGGAGGGAGGGUCUGCUGGAGAUUGGCCGGGAUGUGUCAGCUGACCGGAACUCGCCGCGAACGGUUCGUGGUGAACCGUGGCGAGCCGUUCGCGGGAAGUUCGCGAACGGUUCGCGACAUCACUACUUGUUAAAAAAAAAAAAAAUUUCAAGUUUAAAAAUCUAUUAUCACUUCUUAUCAGUUUGAAAUGGCAAUACUGCAAUUACUGUGCUUCCUGUUUUGGUAAAUUUAAUGUGUGAUAACAGUAACUAGUUUAGUGGUUUCAAGAUUGGAAAGUUUUGCUGUCUGUGCAACUUAAACGUCAUCCAAAACACUUGCUUUCCAACACCACUCAUAUGAUUUUCAGUUGGCAUGAUUCUACCUGUAUGUUUGCUAAAGCACAUUAAAUAUAAUUCACAAUAACAAUGAGGAGACACUUGUUGGUGGACCCUAAUGUAAUUAUCUAUAUACAUGAUUUAAAGAGAUACUGUAACUUUUUUGCUUGCAUUAGUUCCUCUUCCCUUUAUCUCUCUAAGCAUUAAUAAUUUUUUUUUAUCACUGAGGGCAUACAUUUGCCCAGACAACUUCUUCCCAUGAUUCCCUGCACCUAUGUAGAAUCAUGGAACAUUUGAAAUUUCUCUUGGUCACUGUGUUAUGCUUAAACUGUCUUGUAUUCGGUAUGAAUCAAAAAAAUAAUGAAAAAACAUUUUUAUUUAUUUUUUAGAUUUUUAUUUUUUUUAGUCAUUUUUUUUUUUUUUACCAAACUAAAAGUGAAAAUACAAACUAACUUUACUUGAUAUGCUCUCCCUCGCCCCAAUAACUUUUCCUCUUUAAAGACGCAUUCCUGUAUGUGGGUGCAUGUUUGACUGCAGGACUAAAAAAUACAUUAUCUAUACGCACCUAUGGUAAAGGGAUACUAUAGGCAUCAAAAUAACGUAUGCGUUGGGGCAUGUUAUGCCGUCCUUCAAAAUUAGGUUUUUAACACCGUUAGGGGGUCAUAACACGUCCUAACAAUCGGGCCCUCCCUAUAGCCUCUAUACUUACCCUCCUGAACAGAAAAUUGAACUUUAAUCACAUACAGGAGGAUCUUGCAUGGUCUGGAAGGCUUAUACGCAUUACAAAAAUUCUAAAUUAAACAGAAUGUGCAAUAAAGAAAGUUUAAACAUUUGAUAUAUCUUUACAGGCAGUGUUUAGGAAGGCUGUGUGCAGGGAGGUGUGACUAGGCCUGUGAUUUAACUCCUACAUGGCAGAGAAUUGACAUUGAGACUGCAGUGGCAUGAUCUAUACAUCAAAACUACUUCAUUCAAAAAAAAGUGAGAUAUGAUUGCCACAGGUGUAGACGUGGGGUUUUUUCCCCCCCCAAUACACUAUGCAAAACAAUUCACAAUUGAUGAAGUGAAAACCUACUGCAUGACUGAAGUAGCAAAAUAUUUUUUUUUUUCUAUGCAAUAUCUGAAUGAAUAAUGACUUCUUACUUUACAUUGUUUACAGAUUGUCUAAGUUCUCAGACUCGUUUAAAGCUUGCAGGCAUGCUGGUGAGUUGGUUGGUUGAAGAAGCAAAUCUAAGUAGUAUUUAUUUUGUGGUUGUUCAUUACUUUAAAAUAUCACUAUUUGUGGGAGCAUGUACAAGGAACACUCUGGACACCAUAACAACUUUAUGAGAAUAAUGUUCUUAUCAUGCCAAAUCCUUGGCACAAGCUUUCCAUUUAGGGGUUACAUUUUCUCUAAAUUUAACCAUCCUCAUAGGAAGAUGUUUAACUAUCUGAGAAUGAAAUCCUUUUUAACUGGUAAAGCCUUGGCAAGGCCAACUCCGAUAGACCAGUUUCUGACUCAGCACUUGCGUAAUAAAAUGUUCUCUAGAUUUAUUAACACCCAGCAACAUAAAUACAAAGCCCCAGCAAUGAUAAAAUGGGAAUAAGAACUCCACUUUGUGCUUGGGAAGGUUGGUUACAGGGCUUUCUUUUUGUAAAAAGAAUCACACACAGUGUAACCAUUCUAGAAGUAUAUUAUAAACUUAUUUACCGCUGGUACUUGGUUCCAUUUCGUCUUUCACAAAUGGCUUCCGAUGUAUCUCCUGAUUGCUGGCGUUGUGGCAAAGCUUUGGGUACAUUUUCUCAUAUUUGGUGGCAGUGUGAGGAGCUGUCCACAACAAAAGAGACUCUCUAGAUUGCUAAACUAUACUGAAGUCAAACUAACAGCGCACAUGCUUUAAUUCCAUAUUGACUUCCCUCCCGACAAUAAUAAUGCAAAAACCCUUCUGAUUCUUUAUUUUUUUUUUUUUUUUAUGGCCACGAAAUUAAUAAUUGCCAGAAACUGGAGGAAAAUAUGCCCUCUGAUUUGGUCCGAAAUAAGCUUACAGGUUAAUUUCCAGUAUAGAAUGAAAAAAGGGUUCCUGCCAGACAGAAUGUCCACUGACAAAUACGAAGCAGAGUGGCUUCCCUGGCAUAAAUUUAACACAACUUAUGAUCACUAGAUGUAACCCUCUACCCCCCCCCCCUCCCUCACCUCUGCCACUAAUACGACAGGUGUGUCUGAAGUGUGUUUGCAGGUUAUUAGUUGGGAAACAUAGGUUUGAUGCUGUAUGAUUUGGAUAGUGGAUUACCCUUGUUUUCAUAAUCAGAAAGUUACACACUCUGCUUUGGUUUUCAUCUAGCACUUGUCCCAACUAUGGACCUAGUUAGUCUAUAAGAAAUUUAAUAUUCACUGCUUAAGAAAGAAAGAAAGAAAGAAAGAGAAAAACAUUCAUAAACGCUUUAACCCCAAAGUCAUGUAUUCAGUGCCCCAUCUCUCUGCCCCAUGUCCGUCGACUGCUUAGAUUCUUGAAACCGGAAACCUCAGGUAUCUGUAGACAGGGGUGCCGCUGAUGCUCUUAGCCAAUUUGUAGAGCCCCAUUCAUAUAAAUAGCUUGAGAAAAAUAUGUAAAUUUGUCAUGCUGUUUUGGGAACAGGAAGCUACUGAUUGGCUUAGCGUGCCAACUGACUUGGCGGCAGAGCGAUUUGGCGCUGGAUACUGACUUUGGGCUAAACAAAUCGUGAACGGUUUAACCCUUAAAUGGAAAGCCAGUGCCAUGAACUUCCUGGCUCCAGAACCACUUAAUUCCAAUGAAGUUGAUAUCGUGCCAAGAGUGUGUGUGUUUUUUUGUUUGUUUGUUUUUUGUUUGUUUUUUUUGUUUGUUUUUUUUUAAGCAUUUUUAAUGAAGAUUGCUGUAGACAAUGGGGAUAUUAAGUGCUCAACGAUGAGUUACAUUAAAGUAACAUUGAAUUUUCUUUUUAUUAUUAUUUACUUUUUGUUUCUGUCUGCAUGUCUUACAUUGAUCACAUCCUGGGUAAAUGAAAUAUUGAAUGUGUCCUACAUUAGUGUUUACCACAUUUUGCAUCAUUUUACGUGGGAACGUUGGUUCAUUGUGGCAUUGAAAUCGUUAAAUUCUGUAAACAGGUUUCCUUUUUUAUGAUCCAUUUUCUCUAACAUUCCUUGAUACAGCUGAUUUGUAAUGAUUGGUAAUUACCAAGUGCUAAUACAGUUAGCUAGCUAGCUGAAAUUUUUUUUUUAUUGAGUGUCAUGGUGAUUGCUCCACAUUUAGAUGUCUGUUCUGAAAUACUCCCUCGUAGACUAAUCAAAUGUCAUUCUUUUCUUUAUCUUCUUCAGGAAGGGCUUGUUCGUGUAGGAUGGAUGGACUGCUCUACGCAAGCAAAUCUCUGCGACAACAUGGCUAUCGCAACAAGCACUACCGCUUAUUUCCCCCCUGGAGCUACCCUAGUGGAUGACAGGAGCAGCAUUUUGGUAGGUUUUUUUAUUUUUUUAUUUUUUUUUUAUUGUGGGACUAUAAUAGUUUAUGGGAAGCAAUUACAUCUACAUCACAUCCACAGAAAUGCAUUGAAAAUCUGCCACAAUUUGCAGUUCUUGAACAUUUAAAAAAAAAAUCUGUUAGAAAAAAAUCUACGAUCUCAGCAUCACUAUCGUCAGAUUUUUAUUUUUCUGGUGUGUCUGUGCCUCUUACUCUCUUACACCUAUAGUGUUGAUCCCAAAUACAUAAUUAUCAUAUCCUGAGUUGAAUUUGAGUAAUUUUUUUUUUUUCUGUACAAAUCAUGAGAAACCAAAGGAAGUUGAAAUACUUUGAUCUGGACUUUUAGAUAUUAGGAGGUUUAGCAGAAACUUUUAAAUUUAGCUGAGCCAAAGAUUUAUGUCCUCUAGACUCUAUUAACCCAAAUUUUGGAACCGGAUAUUAAUUUCACUAUUCUUCAGAAAUGGCAAUCUAAGCCGGAUAAAACUAAAAGAAAAAGUGGAGUCAAAAAGCUAUCGAAAUUUAAAAAAAAAAAAAAAAAAAUACUGGUAUAGAAUAAAAGUAUAUUUUUUAUUUAUUUAUUUUUUUAGUUCCUUGAAACCUUAGAUGCAAAAGAGAUCUACAAAGAAGUUAUUCAUCGCCUUCCUGAUUUGGAAUAUCUCUCUGAAGAAUCUUUAAAGGUAAAGAAAAUUAAAUUUUCCUAGUCUCUUGUAGCCACAAAUAUGUUGGGGCUCUUGUACUCACAUGACACGGGUUAAAGUGUGAAUCUGGAAUGUUUACAUGUAAUUUGUUAGAUGUGUAUCAAUGUAGAUCAAAAAACAUUUUAUAUCUCUGUUUACCUUGUAUUUACAAAGAUGAAUGCAUUUUAAGAAUUUGAAACUUUCUGUGAGUUUUUCAGUACUUUUUACAAGAAAUUGUCUUUCUUUUUAAGGAUAGAUUAGCACAUCACCGGUGGCUUAUUUUCUUUACAUACGGGAAGGAUCAACAACACUUCCUUCCAGAGCUCAAGAAGCUAAAUGUUUUACUUCGAAAAGAUAAUGUUCAAGUAAGUGAUCAUAUUAAACCUAUGAAAUCUAGUGGGUUCUGUGUUAAAGCCUAUAGUCAAAGGUGUAAGUAGAAGAGUAGUAAAGAGUGUAGUUGGCAUUCAGUGUUGGUACAUCACAUGGUCUGCAUUUCCAUCUUCUCCCUAGAAGGUAGAAAUCGAGCAGAUAUAUGCCACUAUUGGCACAGAGGGUUUUUUAUACUUACCCAAAUAAUGCAAUGUUGACACCUUGGAAAAUAACGGCAAAUAAAAUCUGUUUCUUUUUAAGGUUGGAAGAUUUGAUUGUCAAUCCAACUCAGCUGUUUGCCAUAAACACUACAUUAACAAACCCUGUGUAGCUGCCUUUAAAGGAGACGGCAUUGACAGCUAUGAAAUUCAUCAUGGUGAGCAACUAAUUGAACGUUUUCUUAUAGUGUUUUGAAAAUCCUAAUGCAAAUGGUUGUUUUUCAGAGCUGUUACUUUAAAUCAUUCAUGUGGGUUAUCCUUCAGGGUGCCUCUAAUCUUGGGCAGUUUUUUUAUUCUAUGUAUCCCAUACAUUAUUUUAUCCCUUUGUGAUGGCAGAGUCAAACAUGUGCUCUGAUUUAAUAAGUUGUCCAAAUUAUUCAAAUUUGUUAAAGGGACACUAUUCUCACCUAAACAACUUUAGCUUAAUGAAGCAGUUUUAGUGUAUAGAUCAUGCUUCUCAGGUUUCACUGCCAUUUAGGAGUUAAAUCACUUUGUUUCUGUUUAUGCAGCCAUUGCCACACCUCCCCUGAUUGACACAGCCUGCAUGAAAAAAAACCUGUUUUCACUUUCAAUCAGAUGUAAAUUGAAUUAAGCAUUUUUAUAUCUUGCUAUGUAAAUUGAACUUUAAUGACAUACAAGAAGCUCUUGCAGGGUCUAGCAAGCUAUUAACAUAGCAGGGAAUAAGAAAAUCUAAAUUAAACAGAACUUGCAAUAAAGAAAGGUUAAACAUUAGAUGACUGUUUACAGGGAGUGUUUAUGACGGCUGUGCAAGUCACAUGCAGGGAGGUGUGACUAGGGUUUAUAAACAGUGAUUUAACUCCUAAAUGGCAGAGAAUUGAGCAAUGAGACUGCAGGGGCAUGAUCUGCACACCAAAACUGUUUAAGCUAAAGUUGUUUUGGUGACUAUAGUGUCCCUUUAAAAAUUUUUCAAAUGAUUUAAAUACAGAAGUCACCAUUAUUUUUGGAGAUUUUUUUUUUCUUUUCUUUUCCUUUUUUUUUUUUUCUCCAACAAAUUUGCAUAAUUUAGAAGUAUAUAGCCACAGACUACACUGUGCCUUAAUCAUAAUUAGCGCCUCAUGGCUUUUGGACCAUAAUAAAAAAAUACUUAAAUCAUCACCGUGUAGCCUGUGGCUCUCUACCUCUGGAUUUAUAUUGGGGGCUAGUGGACCUCUCCCACAGAGCUCUGGUGUAUCAAGAUGCUAGUGUGCAGCACUCUACUACCAGAUUUGAAUAGCUUAUCCAAAAAUGUUAAAUUAAAGCCAUAUUUUGAUAAUUAAGAACUAAAAGUUCUGCUUGUAGUUUUUCCCAAAAUAAAAAUGUUUUCCAUUUUUUUUAUUAUUAAUUUUCAUAUAUAUAUAUAUAUAUAUAUAUAUAUAUAUACUGAUUUUUAAUUGAAAUUGUUUUAUAUUUGUGUUUCAUUUUAAACCGUUGGCAAUGAUUUUUUUUUAUUUUAAUUUUUUUAAAUGUAUGUACAUUUUUGCUGCUGUAGUAUUUGACCUUUGUUCGGUUCUUUGCUUUUGUUUUAAAGGAAAAAUAACCUUGUAUGAAUUGGUUGCUUUUACAAAAGAAAGUGUUAAUUCUCAUGUCAUUACGCUGGGACCCCAGAACUUUCCUGGUGAUCAGAGGGAAGCCUGGUUGGUUGACUUCUUUGCUCCUGUAAGUGCAAAACUUUUGUAUUUGUUUGCUGCAAUAAGAAUGCAUUUUGUGUCAACUGUAUUAAUGUAUAUUUCAAUAACCAUAUUGUCAUGUCUUUCUCCUACAGUAUGGUAUCUUUUUUUCUUUUCUAUCUAUAUAUAUAUAUAUAUAAUUUAUUUAUUUUUUCCUUCAAUAAUACAUGGCAUGAAUUCAUAAUUCAUGUCUUUAAACUGUUCUCCAAUUUAAGUUCUAUAUUGUAUCAUUCCUUUGUUCUCCUUUAGUGGUGUCCCCCAUGUCGAGCCUUACUGCCAGAACUAAGGAAAGCAUCAAAACGUUUGUUUGGACAGAUUAGAUUUGGAACUUUAGAUUGUACAAUCCAUGAAGGACUCUGUAACACGGUAAGCCACUUGACAUUCAUUUAUUUGUUGUGCUGAUAAAUGGUAACAUUUAAACAUGCUCAAUUUUUGUACAGUUUAUUACUUACAGAAGGUUUUUAUAAGGGAUCUUUAACCUUAUACCAAUACCACAAAAUCUUAUUCAACACAUUUUAUUCAGAACGCAGUUUAAGGUAGUUGAGUCACUAAAAAGAUGAUUAUGUUGAAAUUGAAUAUAAAUGUAAACUUUGAUCUAAAAUGUCAAACAUGGAGAAUUUUCCCAAUUGAUUUAAAAGAAUGAAAAAAGAAGAAAGAGAGGAGCCUUUAGACUACUGGAACCUCCAUGGGGGUUAACCCCUUGUAAAUUGGCAAAAAGAAAAGAAAAAUUGGAGAUUCCCGUGCUGAUAAAUAUUAACACCAAUGGAGCACAAAUAAAUUAAAACGUCACUUUUAAUAAAUCCUAUAAAAAGUCCCUUAAUCAUAAGGGCUGUACACUCACUUUUGUGAUAAACACGUGUUGCUACACCACAUCUAAAUGUAAAUCACUAAAUUAACGCUAAAAAUUGUGAUUUCACUAGAGGGAAAAAAAUGCCCACUCUAAGAUAUAUAAGUCUGGUUUAGUGAAAUCUUUCUCAAUAAAUAGUGCUAAUAACUAAACUGUUAAUAACACAAUUCUAGGGUGAACCCAGACUCUACUGUAAUAAAUUUACCAAAACAUAAUCUGAAUUAUUGGCGCUCCAAUUAUGGAUAAAUGUAACCUCAACUUCUGGUAAGAUAGAUUACUAGAUACUCGUAUGCUUACAUAUUAAGGUAGCUGCUCAGACUGCUAGAACUAAUAAUCCUUAGUGCCCAAAUUAACAUUGUUGCUAAUUUCUGUUAGCAGAGUUAUCCUGAGUAUAACCAUAUUAUUUAACCCUGGGUACAAUUUGAUUGGACAGCAUAGCUGCUUGUAUAGUUUGUUAGCUGUUGGACGUGGGAAGAGAAAGAGGAGGAUACAGUAAUGAACAGUAAUCCCCUUUGUUCGACCUGUGGGGCGGUAUUUGUAAUCAGAUGGCUAUCUAGCCUGUCCCUUCAAAUCCCACGAUACAGCCUUAAUGCAGCAAAGCUAUUAAAGAAAGAUAGAUUGACUAUCUAAUUACAAUUCCGAAUUUAAGUCUGCUCAGCAUAGAGGUUCUCUCUUAGGGUUAAAAUCGUCUAUGUUGACGCCCCCUCCAAUUCUCGAACGCUAAUGCGUGAAUUUCCUCUAUACUGCGAAUAAAUAAUAUUUCAAAGUCUAGAGCUACUCGGCAUACUAAUGCUAUCUAAGGUUACUCGUCAAAGUCUGCGCCACCCUACAUAUCCCUGACGCGCGUUUCGCUUAUCAGCUCAUCAGAAGGAAGCCGGGGUCCUUAACCUCCCGGUCUUUUAAGGGAAAUACCCUAUUACUAUUGGUGACCGUUAUUUUUGAAUCAACCAAUGAAAGAGAAGAUACUCAUCUGUUGCUAACUAACGUAAUCGUUAGAUUAAGAACGGGUUGAUUAACCCUUUCUAUUUUGAUCACUGAAAUAAUCAGAAAAGUUAAUAAAAACAAUAUAAAUAAAUAAGGAAAAGAUCUAUUUUAGUAUUGUGCAAAGUUAUUGCCAGCUUUAAAGAAAUGGUUAUUGUGAAUUGUGUAAUUUCUCAUAAUAAUCACCCUUUUUAGAAAUGUAUAAAUCAAUGUUCUAUCUUUCAUGGGGUCAUUAUUCGUGGCAAGAUAUCUGAGCUAUGUCCAAUAUGCCAUCUAUCAUAGAUAUAAUCUUAGGAUUGUGAACUAUACAAAUACGGUCCAAUUUAUUCCUGGGGAUACUACACAUUUUCUCAGGGAUUUUAAGAUGCUAUUUUAUGAGACAGAUGUUUCAGUCGCGUCCCCUGGAUUAUAUUGUGCCUACAUUAUUUAGCAAUAUUAUUCUUCAUUUACCGGAUUCAAUGUAACCCAACUUUGGAUAAUACUACAGUAAGCUACUCGUUGUUUCCUAACACUUUCCUCAUCCUUUGUCGUUAAUGACAGACACCGAAAUAUUAUAUCGAAAUCUCGAUCUCUGUUACCAACCUAAUAUAAAUUAAUAGUGUGUUGAUCAUGUAUUAAAUAUACUAGGACCGUAUCAAUUAAAUUAAUAAAUACAAAUGUUGAAAGUUCUUUCAUAAAUAAGAAACUCUUCUUGAUCAAGAUUUAUUCAUAAAGAAAAAGUCAGUUAUUUGAGUAGGGGCUGAAACGUGUUAAUAAUUAUCAACCCGAAUAUACUUUACAUUCAGUAUGUAUGUCUAAACCCCUAUGCACGUAUAUUCUUAUACUGACUCUUGAAUCAUUGGAAUCCAUUUAUGAAAGGGACCAAUUUGUCUAUCAAGUUAAAAAUGCUUAACGAAAUUAUUCAUGAAUCAGAACUUGGUUUUUAUAGAUAAUGUUCAAAAUCUCUAUCCAUGGAUGAAAGGGGUGAAAUUAAAUUCUUCAUUCAGACCCCUAGGGGUCAGUGUUCUAAAGGUGUGUAUCCACCUUGACUCUUGUUUUAAUAAUUUGAGAUUAAAAUUGCCCUUCCUAGAAUUAAGAGAUAUAUUUGUUCAAUAGCCUGAAAUUUGAGAUUUGACGCAUCACUGUUAUGAUGUUUUCUAAUGUGAUUCGCUACAGGAGUAGAUAUGUUGAUAUUUGUAACUGAAUUAACGUGUUGCAGUAUGCGUCUUCUAAACUGUUGAUACGUUUUUCCCACGUAUUGUAUGCUGCAACUGCAUGUAAUUACAUAAACUACCUUUGUGGUGGAACAGUUAACAAAUUGUUUGUUGACAAAACGUUGUUGUGUUUGAGUACAUUCUACGAUCUUAGAAGGAUAUAUGUAAUCACAGGCCUUACAAUGUCCGCAUUUAUAAGUGCCUUUGGUCAUCGUUAGCCAUGAUCUUAUUGUUGUUUCCGGUUCCAAAUGGCUAUGUACCAGAAUAUCUCUCAAGUUUCUCGGUCUCCGUGCUGUAAUACUGGGCCACUGUGUGAGAUGUUUGGCCAAAUCCUUAUCAUGUGUUAGGAUCGGCCAGUGGUCCUUAUAGAUUCUUUUUAUUGGGUCCCAUAGUUGGUCAAAAGUCCCAAUACAGCGUAUGGGUUGUUUCACUUCUUGUGGUUUCAUGGUACGUAAAGCGGUAGUUCUUUCCAUUGCUGAUGCCCGUUGGUAUGCUUUUUUUAGAACUCGGUUCGUAUAACCUUGAGAUUUGAACCUUGUCCUCAGUUCUUUUGCCUCUCUGUAGAAUGUCUCAUCAUCCGAACAGUUUCGCCUUGCCCUUAGAUACUGACCAUAUGGUAUUCCUGCUUUUUGGUUAAAUGGAUGAUGACUCUCCCAAUGAAGUAAACUGUUGGUAGAGGUUUUCUUACGGAAUAAUUCUGUGUGUACCUUACCCUCCAAAGUCAGGAGAAUCCUUAGGUCCAGAAAUUCAAUUUGUUCAGCAUCAAUAACAUAAGUUAAUUUAAGUCCUAUAGGAUUGUCAUUCAGAAUAUUUACAAAGUCCUUAAAGGUGUCGACCGUAUCUAACCAAAAUAGCAGGACAUCGUCAAUAUAUCUACCCCAAUGUAAUAUAGAUUGUCCAAAUUUUUCAGCUAUUGUUUCACUUAAGAGUGUCUCUUCCCACCAUCCUAGGUAGAGAUUGGCAUAACUUGGUGCACAAGCUGUGCCCAUAGCGGUGCCUUUCACUUGCAAGUAAUAGAUCCCAUUGAAAAUGAAAUAAUUAUGCGUUAGGAUAAAAUCCAACAGUUUCACUAUGAAGUCUCUUUGUGAUAAUGUGAAGUCAGAUUUUUCCAAAAAAUAAGUUAUAGCCUUUAACCCCAUAGUAUGUGGAAUAUUAUUAUAUAAAGAAACCACAUCUAGGCUAGCUAGCAUAGAAUAAGGUGGAACCUCCAGAUUUUCUAAUCUGAGUAGAGUCUGUUUAGUAUCUUUAAUAUAAGAUGCCAGCUUCAGAACAAAUGGAUGAAGUAGUUUCUCAAUGUACUUGCUGGCAUUUUCUGUAAGAGACCCAUUCCCAGAAACAAUCGGUCUACCUGGGGGUUGCUGUUGGUCCUUGUGCACUUUCGGAAGACAGUAGAAGGUGGCAAUUGUGGGAUUAGGAUUCGGAAGAAUGUAUCUAAAUUCAUCUCUGGAGAUAAUCUCAUGCUCCAGUGCCUGAUUUAAAAGAUUUUUAAGGUCCUCUAUGUAACUUAAAGUUGGAUCAAUAGUUAGUUUUCUAUAACAUAGAGGAUCAUUAAGAUGGUCCAUACACAUUGAGACAUACAUCUUCCGAUCCAUCAGUACAAUAUUGCCACCUUUAUCUGAAGGUUUAAUGAUUAAAUUUUUAUUCAUGCUUAAUUCACGUAGUGCACAUUGUUCACUUAAGGACAAAUUAUGUUUGUUUAUUGGCAAAGUUGUUAAUUUUUCAAUUUUGUCUGUUGUCAUUUGAACAAAGAGAUCUACAUUUGUUACCUCUUUUAAAUUAGGAGUGUACCAAGAUGGAGGUUUAACAUCUGUUAAAGGUUGCAUGGUAUCCUGUUCGUCCAAUAACCGUAUCAACAUUUGCAAAUGGUCAUGAUCCUCUGGGGCAAUACCUAUCUCUUUGCAUAGCUUAUUAUCUCUUCGGUUGUGUAGAGAGCAUAAUGCCAGUUUUCUACCAAACAAAUUAGUAUCUUUUGUCUAACUGAAAACAUCUGCCCCUGGUGUAGGAACAAAUGAAAGGCCUUUAUUUAAAAGUGAAAUAUGAUGUUUGGAUAAGAUAUACGUUGAGAGAUUAAUGACUUUAUUAUCAUCUUUCUUGGGAAUUUCGAUUCUUAUUGCCUCUUGGUGGUCCUCUCUGGCUUGUAUCCCCAUUUCCCCCUGUCUCUUAGGCGUCCCCUCUGUGGGGUAGGCCAUUCCUGAUCUAAAAAAGUUUGUGAUGUGUUUGUCAGAAGUGUGGGGUUUGGGGUCUGAGUUUGUAAAAAUGUGUUCAAAUCUCAAGGUUAUCCGAACCGAGUUCUAAAAAAAGCAUACCAACGGGCAUCAGCAAUGGAAAGAACUACCGCUUUACGUACCAUGAAACCACAAGAAGUGAAACAACCCAUACGCUGUAUUGGGACUUUUGACCAACUAUGGGACCCAAUAAAAAGAAUCUAUAAGGACCACUGGCCGAUCCUAACACAUGAUAAGGAUUUGGCCAAACAUCUCACACAGUGGCCCAGUAUUACAGCACGGAGACCGAGAAACUUGAGAGAUAUUCUGGUACAUAGCCAUUUGGAACCGGAACCACCAAUAAGAUCAUGGCUAACGAUGACCAGAGGCACUUAUAAAUGCGGACAUUGUAAGGCCUGUGAUUACAUAUAUCCUUCUAAGAUCGUAGAAUGUACUCAAACACAACAACGUUUUGUCAACAAACAAUUUGUUAACUGUUCCACCACAAAGGUAGUUUAUGUAAUUACAUGCAGUUGCAGCAUACAAUACGUGGGAAAAACGUAUCAACAGUUUAGAAGACGCAUACUGCAACACGUUAAUUCAGUUACAAAUAUCAACAUAUCUACUCCUGUAGCGAAUCACAUUAGAAAACAUCAUAACAGUGAUGCGUCAAAUCUCAAAUUUCAGGCUAUUGAACAAAUAUCUCUUAAUUCUAGGAAGGGCAAUUUUAAUCUCAAAUUAUUAAAACAAGAGUCAAGGUGGAUACACACCUUUAGAACACUGACCCCUAGGGGUCUGAAUGAAGAAUUUAAUUUCACCCCUUUCAUCCAUGGAUAGAGAUUUUGAACAUUAUCUAUAAAAACCAAGUUCUGAUUCAUGAAUAAUUUCGUUAAGCAUUUUUAACUUGAUAGACAAAUUGGUCCCUUUCAUAAAUGGAUUCCAAUGAUUCAAGAGUCAGUAUAAGAAUAUACGUGCAUAGGGGUUUAGACAUACAUACUGAAUGUAAAGUAUAUUCGGGUUGAUAAUUAUUAACACGUUUCAGCCCCUACUCAAAUAACUGACUUUUUCUUUAUGAAUAAAUCUUGAUCAAGAAGAGUUUCUUAUUUAUGAAAGAACUUUCAACAUUUGUAUUUAUUAAUUUAAUUGAUACGGUCCUAGUAUAUUUAAUACAUGAUCAACACACUAUUAAUUUAUAUUAGGUUGGUAACAGAGAUCGAGAUUUCGAUAUAAUAUUUCGGUGUCUGUCAUUAACGACAAAGGAUGAGGAAAGUGUUAGGAAACAACGAGUAGCUUACUGUAGUAUUAUCCAAAGUUGGGUUACAUUGAAUCCGGUAAAUGAAGAAUAAUAUUGCUAAAUAAUGUAGGCACAAUAUAAUCCAGGGGACGCGACUGAAACAUCUGUCUCAUAAAAUAGCAUCUUAAAAUCCCUGAGAAAAUGUGUAGUAUCCCCAGGAAUAAAUUGGACCGUAUUUGUAUAGUUCACAAUCCUAAGAUUAUAUCUAUGAUAGAUGGCAUAUUGGACAUAGCUCAGAUAUCUUGCCACGAAUAAUGACCCCAUGAAAGAUAGAACAUUGAUUUAUACAUUUCUAAAAAGGGUGAUUAUUAUGAGAAAUUACACAAUUCACAAUAAUCAUUUCUUUAAAGCUGGCAAUAACUUUGCACAAUACUAAAAUAGAUCUUUUCCUUAUUUAUUUAUAUUGUUUUUAUUAACUUUUCUGAUUAUUUCAGUGAUCAAAAUAGAAAGGGUUAAUCAACCCGUUCUUAAUCUAACGAUUACGUUAGUUAGCAACAGAUGAGUAUCUUCUCUUUCAUUGGUUGAUUCAAAAAUAACGGUCACCAAUAGUAAUAGGGUAUUUCCCUUAAAAGACCGGGAGGUUAAGGACCCCGGCUUCCUUCUGAUGAGCUGAUAAGCGAAACGCGCGUCAGGGAUAUGUAGGGUGGCGCAGACUUUGACGAGUAACCUUAGAUAGCAUUAGUAUGCCGAGUAGCUCUAGACUUUGAAAUAUUAUUUAUUCGCAGUAUAGAGGAAAUUCACGCAUUAGCGUUCGAGAAUUGGAGGGGGCGUCAACAUAGACGAUUUUAACCCUAAGAGAGAACCUCUAUGCUGAGCAGACUUAAAUUCGGAAUUGUAAUUAGAUAGUCAAUCUAUCUUUCUUUAAUAGCUUUGCUGCAUUAAGGCUGUAUCGUGGGAUUUGAAGGGACAGGCUAGAUAGCCAUCUGAUUACAAAUACCGCCCCACAGGUCGAACAAAGGGGAUUACUGUUCAUUACUGUAUCCUCCUCUUUCUCUUCCCACGUCCAACAGCUAACAAACUAUACAAGCAGCUAUGCUGACCAAUCAAAUUGUACCCAGGGUUAAAUAAUAUGGUUAUACUCAGGAUAACUCUGCUAACAGAAAUUAGCAACAAUGUUAAUUUGGGCACUAAGGAUUAUUAGUUCUAGCAGUCUGAGCAGCUACCUUAAUAUGUAAGCAUACGAGUAUCUAGUAAUCUAUCUUACCAGAAGUUGAGGUUACAUUUAUCCAUAAUUGGAGCGCCAAUAAUUCAGAUUAUGUUUUGGUAAAUUUAUUACAGUAGAGUCUGGGUUCACCCUAGAAUUGUGUUAUUAACAGUUUAGUUAUUAGCACUAUUUAUUGAGAAAGAUUUCACUAAACCAGACUUAUAUAUCUUAGAGUGGGCAUUUUUUUCCCUCUAGUGAAAUCACAAUUUUUAGCGUUAAUUUAGUGAUUUACAUUUAGAUGUGGUGUAGCAACACGUGUUUAUCACAAAAGUGAGUGUAGAGCCCUUAUGAUUAAGGGACUUUUUAUAGGAUUUAUUAAAAGUGACGUUUUAAUUUAUUUGUGCUCCAUUGGUGUUAAUAUUUAUCAGCACGGGAAUCUCCAAUUUUUCUUUUCUUUUUGGAGAAUUUUCCCAGCUCAAUUUUUCCCUUACAAUAACAAAUUGGCUUUUAAACUCCUCACAUAUCAAUUGGGGUUAUUCCACUGAGAACGUAACAUUUUAUGCCAAAAUAGUCAAAAAGGAAGAAUUCUCCAGUGCAGCUCUUUUGUUUCCAUUUUCACUUCUCUUGAAGGUUCUUGGCAAAUGUAUUAUUGGCAUUUAUACAAUGCCAGCAUAUUGCACAGCUCUUUAGAAUUCUAGAAUGGUGAUAUUUGGAUGGCUUUCCCAUUUUAUUAUUAUGAUGGAUCUUUUUUUUUUUUUUUUUCUUCCAAAAAACACAUCAAACCUAUUUUUGUGAUAGGGAUGAAUAAGUGUGUGCUUUGAAAAAAGGUCGUGGUGCCUUACUGAUUCCUAUAUUAAUAGUUGGAGAUCAAUAAUCAAAGGGCGUGGAGACACUAUACGUAGGUACUGUGCAGCACUGACCCAGGGACUAUAGGGUCCCUUUAAAAAUUGUAUUUUUGACAUUGAAAAACCCGGCUCCUAACUUUUUUUGCUGGCCCCUAGAUUCCAAGCAAAUUUGUCAAGCCCUGAUUUACCCAAUCAUUUAAACUAAGAAAAAAUUAUACCAAAAUGACAAUGGUGAAACAAGGAUUGUUAAAGGGUGAAAAAUGUGUGGGAUAGGAUGAAGGUGUCUCUCCUAGUGGUCAUUCAUCUUCUGGUUUCUCAGAGACUUGCUCUCUAAUCAAGAGGAACAACUCUCCUCCCAAGUCUGCUAUACUUUAGUAAAUGUUUUCAUGGAUGCAGAUACAAAUAUAUAAUAAAGUAUUACUCAGGGAAUUCAGAUGGUAUUAUAUUGUAUUUGAGAUGGCCACCAGACAUUCUUUAGCAUUUAUGAAUUUAAUAAUACAAGUAAAAACAAAAUACCCAAAUCAGGCCUCUAACAGCAUCUUCAUUAAUUCAUAUAGUGUUUUUUAAAAAGGUUGUAUUAUUCCUUAACUGCAUAUAUUUUGUUUUAUUCUUGUUCAAUAAUACAGCAUAAUAUUAGAGCGUAUCCAACCACUGUCGUUUUCAACCAGUCAAACACCUAUGAAUAUGAAGGACAUCACAAUGCUGAGCAGAUUUUAGAGUUCAUACAGGUAUGUAUUGGUUUUUCCUGAAAAAUUACAGAUGUUUGUGUAGCUCUAUUUAAAUUAUUAAAUACUGUGUAUGUGUGUCUUAAAGAGAUACUAUAGCUCCCUCUACCUCUCUAGUGCCACCCCCCGCGCUAGUGAAUAAAGAGUUAAAAACCAUUUACUUACCUGGACCCAGCGCCGAUGUCCCUCGAGCUGGGUCACGGCUCUGCCGAGUGGACGCUUAUGCGAAUGUGCGACAAAUUUCGCACAUGCAUUAGGCCUCCCCAUAGGAAAGCAAUAAAUCAAUGCUUUCCUAUAGGGAAAUAGCUGAUGCUGGAUGUCCUCCUGCAGAGCAUGAGGACGUCCAGCGCCAGUUACCAGACCAAACGUCUGUUAGGAUCCAGGAAUCGUCUCCAAUGGCUGUCUGGGAGACCGUCACUGGAGGCAGUCUUAGUGUUGCAAUGAAAAUGCAAUGUUUUACAUUGCAGCACUAAGUGCAAUAGGGACACUGUGCCCAGACCACUUCAAUGAGCUCAAGUGGUCUAGGUGCCUAUUGUGUCCCUUUAAUUUCCUGCUGAAAGUUGAACAAUCUCUAAGACUACUCAAUUGGUUUUCAUGGUUCUUACUAAAGGUUUAGCACUUUGCCCCACAAAUGCUUUAUAUAAGGUCUAUUGCUGUUCUCUACAGGUGAAAAAUGUCUGAGACCUGUUUAAGAUCUUUUGCUGUAUAUUACCUGCUGUUCUCUGUCUCGUUUUGCUAAAGUGCUAAAAAGAUGAAAUUUCCAAGGCUGCCUAUAAUCUAACAGUCUGGUAUGCAGGAAAACCAGCAGAACAACACUUUUGCUAAGUAAACACACUAACUAUGUCUUAUCUAAUAAUACAGCAGUUGGCGUUCGUCAAUCAUUUCUAUUUUAAUAUAAUCAAAGUUGCAGUUUGACAGACUUGAAUUUAAAUUGGAAAAGAGAAGAUCAACUUUAAAGUGCAAAGCUACCCCCCGAAUUCCGCUCUCUUUCAGUCUUGAGCUAUGUGAAAUGCAUUGGUUUUGGAAAUAGCUGUAAUAUGAAAAAAAUUAAAGUAUUUUCUGAUUAAAUUAAAUCUUUUUUGCUGUCUAGGAUCUUCAACAUCCAUCCGUUGUUACACUCACACCAGAAACUUUCAAAGAACUUGUUAAAUGGAGGAAGAAAGAUGAAAUUUGGGUGAUAGAUUUUUAUGCUCCGUGGUGCGGACCAUGCCAAGCUCUAAUGCCAGAAUGGAAACGGAUGGCGAGGGUAUGAAAUGUGCAUUUUCUUGGCUGUCUCUUGACUUUUCAGACCUGUAAAUUACAUAAAUAUGUAUGCAUUGAUCACAGUCUGAUAAGUGGAACCUAUGCAAAAUGAGUUGAGUAAUCAACAUCUGCAGCUGUAAAUGGGGGGGGGGAGAAGAAACAUUAUGGUGUGAAUGUAUAAAAUAAUUAAAUGAUGAUCUGUGAAGACCAAGUAUUGUAUGAGGUUUAGGAUCUUUAGUUGUCUCCCCUUGUGUUUUGAACUGUACGUAUCCCCAUAGUGUAUGUAGUCUCCACAGUUGGUUUAUACGAUUUAUGUAGUUGCAAUUAGUUUUAUAAUCCACAGCUAAUAUUAAUUUGGAAAAAAAUCACUUAAUUUAUCGAUUUUAUUUUUUAUUUUAUUUUUUUUAUUAUUCAUAAAUAAAACUCCUUGCAGCCCGCAAGCUUUACUGGCUUUCUCAUAGAAAGUCUCUUAAGAGUUGUACAGCAACACGAGUAUCUAUAAAGUACAUGAUCUAAUGGUGAUCAUACAUUAAUAUUGUAAAAUAAGAAAGUGUGAAUCUCUUCAGCUGUAAUAAUGGAGAACAUGAGGAUGCCAGAUUAGCUACUAGUUGCAUUGAUUGGGGUGUUAGCCUUUAAGGCUUGCAUCUCAAAUUCUGCCCUCAGGUGUUCUAAAAUAACAAAGUCUGGGGGGCCCAAAGAUUGAGAUCCCUGCUUAAAGGACCCUCUUGCAAUGGCAAAACCUUAACAGAUUUUACACACACAUUUUUAGACUGAAGUUUUUUUUUGGUUUUUUUUUUUUUAAUUUUUUUUUUAUUAUUAUAAUUACCAUCAAUAUUGUGUUUUGGGUUUUUGUUUUUUUUCUCCAGAAUAUUAAUAGCAUGAUCAGCGUUGGGAGUGUUGACUGUCAGAAAUACGGUUAUCUCUGCAGCCAAGAGAGGGUGCAAGCAUAUCCUGAGAUAAGAAUCUACCCAGCAAAUAUGGACUCGCCAAAUCAUUACGUGUGAGUGCAAUUCUGUAAUGCUUUAUGACCUGUGGAGAGACCAAUACUGGCCUUCCAAAUGCGUUUUUGAAAAAUCUGCACACAUCACCUUAUGGCAGAAUUAUACUUUUCUUUUUCUUUUUUUUGCUUGAAAGACCACUUAACCCCUUCACUGCCAAGCACUUUUUGGGGAAAUGAACAGCUUGAGACACUAUACAGAGUACUUUAUCUUGCAAUAUUUUAUGUAAGUGUCUGAAAUGUUGGUAUUAAGGCAAAACUGUUAGUUCUUCUCACAUACAGUAGAUGUGAGCAAAGUAGAUAAAAAUGGUUCAAUGCAUUGCUUAUAGGUAUUCAUAAGAAUGCUGAAGGCAUUACUAGCAGUACAGCUUACUUAACACAGCCACAGAAUGUAAAACAAAUGUCUGCAAUUGAGCCUAGUGCCCACAUACAGGAAAUGGUUAAAUCCUGUAUUUCUAAAAGAAAGGUAUUAAACACAUCUAUUGUCAAUCCUGGCAUUCUUUAUCAAUCUCUGAAAUGCUAAUGUAAUGCUGAAAUGAUCGAGUCCAUUCACUCCCCCCCGACUGACUGACUGGCUUGGGAUGCAUCAACGGAAACAAAAGCAAUGUAAGUCCUAAAGAGCAGUGAGAUUGCUGGGGCAUGAUCUAUACACCAAACGUCUUCAUUGAGCUACAGUUGUUUUGGUUCAGAGUAUUCCUUUCAAUUGAUUUUAUAUUUGUAUGUAAGCCAUUAUGGAUGGCAAAGCAUCAUGUGAGUAGUUCUACAACAGUUGGGUAUCUACCUUUUUGACCUCCAAUGUUGCACAAAAUGUAGGAAUUAUAACCAUCUAUUUUAGGGUACCAACAAUAAUUGGACUGCAGGCUGCCCUUGGCAUGGUGUUACAUCACUUAUCCAUGAACAAAGAAAAUGGGAUUGUACGUGUGAAAACUGCAGCAUUUCAUGUUUCUCUCACUCUCUCUUAACGUUAGAAAAAAAAAAAAAAAAACAGUCGGUACCCGUAGAGCAGCAGCCAAUACAAGCUCAAAGAACUUAAAUAAUUCCAUGGGGCGCCUAGCUUAAAGGAAGACUGCUUUGCUCAAAUGGGCAAAAAAAAAAAUAAUAGAAAUCACUAUUUAUUUAGUAGAUUUACCCCCAAUGAAUACAUGCCUGCAUUUUCCUGCAUGUAUUCAUUGGGGAUAUAUUGUAAAACUGUUUGUAAAAGCUGCAGUUUUUAUGAACUACUACUUUUGCAAGCAGCUCUUUCCCGGAAGAGACUUUCAGCCUCUUCACAGGGAAAUAACCUUUUAGAGGAAUCUCACUAAGAAGCCACUUCAGCUCAAUGAAAUGGUCUGGUUGCCAGGUCCAUCUAGGAUUAACCCUGCCUGCUGUAAACAUAGCGGUUUCAGAGAAACUGCUAUGUUUACUUUAGGGUUAAUCCAGCCUCUAGUGGCUGUCUCAUUGACAGUCGCUAGAGGCGCUUCCGCACUUCUCACUGUGAUUUUCACAGUGAGAAGAUGCUGCCGUCCAUAGGAAAGCAUUGAGAAUGCUUUCCUAUGUACUGGCUGGCUGCGCGCGCGGCUCUUGCCGCACAUGCGCAUUCAGCCGAUGACAUCAGAAGUGGGAGGAGAGUCCAUAGCGCUGGAGAAAGUUGAGUGUUUAACCCCUUUCCUCUCCCUUCAGCCUAGCGGGAGUGGGACCCUGAGGGUGGGGGCACCCUCAGGGCACUAUAGUGCCAGGAAAACAAGUUUGUUUUCCUGGCACUAUAGUGGUCCUUUAAUGAAGCACCAUUCUGGCUGUCAAUCAGUUAUUUAUAAAAGUGCUGAUUUCUAAUAGAGAUCAACACUUUAAUAAAAUGUUGUUAUUGUGGGAUAAAGCUGAAGUGCUUUAUGGGUGUGGAGUGGUCCUUUAACAUAUCUUGUGUAUCAUCCUUUACUAUGUGGUAUAUUGCAAUGGAGUAAUAACUGCUAAUAAUUCCAGUUAUUGCAAAUGACAAGAAGAUCACUGUAGUUUGUGACCAUAAUAGGUAAUAGAAGGGGUGGCCAAUAGAUUAGAUCCACAAAGGUUUUAUAACAGCAUCUCUUACAGUGUUUUGUCAUGAUGGGAGCUAUAGUAAGUCAAUAUCUUGAGAUCUGCCUUUUGACCAACCCUUGGCUAUAUGCUAUCACAUUGAUAUUUCGCAGUAUUUUAAAUAGAACACUGUACCAUCCUAACCUCUGGUCAUUGUGUAAACGAUGUACUAACUUUUAAAAUAAGGCCAUUAUGUGUGAUCUGUGUUCAUUAUUUCAUUACUUUGUUUAACUUUUUCAGCCAAUAUAAUGGAUGGCACAGAGAUGCUCAUUCACUCAAGACUUGGGCACUUGGGUAAGUUUUACACAGGUUUAUUUUUGUCUUUCUUUAAUUUUUAUUUUGCAAUCCUUCCUGUUGGUUUACCAAGUUGCAUGUAGAAAGUGCUUCUAUCGGUGUAAUUAUUAUUUGUGAUGGGAAAAAAAUCUCUGCAUGUCUUUUUAUUUUACUUGUGUAAAACGCGCAAGCAAGAGUCUGUGCUCCAUGUGUAGCAGUAUGUCAAAUUAUAUAUCCUGUCUUUAUGUAGAAGACUGGAAUUAAAGAACUGUUGGAUUUUCUGGAAUUAUUUAAUUUGGAGCUUAUUAUUCUGAUCCUGUCAAUACCAGUACAUUUCCCUGAAACAAAAUUGUUGUAUUCUCAGUCUUUUCUAAUACAGCCUAUUUAUCACAUUUAGCAAUGAUGUCUAAAUUCUAUCUCACUCUCCUUUUGUGCUGAGGAACAGAUGUGUGUAAUGUAUUUUGGCACAAGCUUUCUGUAGAAAGUGUGUUUUCUUUGGCCAUACAUUUAUUCUUUAAACGUUUGAAGACAAAUAGAAUAUUUUCCACUUCUUCUUUCUUCUUUAUGUGAUGUUUAAACUUAACAUUUAACACAUGUGUUGGUGUGUAUAAUCUCACCCCCAACUCUCUUUGCUUUUCAGGCAUUUGCCUAAAGUAUCUAUUGACCUGACACCAGAAAUUUUCAAUGAUAAGGUGCUAAAUGGAAAAGAUCAUUGGGUCCUGGAUUUCUACGCCCCGUGGUGUGGCCCAUGUAGAAGUUUUGCUCCAGACUUUGAAGUUCUAGCUAGGGUAAGCAUUCAUAUUACAUAUAUGUUGCCUGUUCUUUAGGCAGCACCAUAAUAUUAAAGAAACACUCCAAGCAAAUGACUACUAAUAAGAUUUACCACAUGACACCUAGGCAGUGCCAAGGUGCUCUUGACACCAUAAUUUCUGCACUGAGCUGUGUAGUGGUUAUGGUGCUUAGAGUUUUAUAUAAAUUCCUCCCCCCCACCCAAUAAUUAUGGGAACAGGGGUGCAAUGCAGGUAGUUUCACAUUUUAAACUCUAUGGGAUCCUUUGUGAGCUGAUACUCUGCAGACCUACAUUAAACUUCUAAUUUCCCUCUGCCGAGAGCUUUAUAAGAACUUUUUGCAAUAGGAUAAAAUCUGUAGUGACUCGGCACUGAGAAUGAUGAAUUUUUAUAGGGCAACUAACUGUCUUGGGUUUUAGCUACUUAAUUCUUUGGCUCAAACUACAUAGGCAUAUAGUUGGUGUGAAUUGCCGUAAGUGUUGGCAGAGUUAUUCAAAGUAAAUCGUCAAGAUCACAGUUUGACACUUUAGUACAGGUAAUGAUUUAUUAAAUAUCAGAUCCAGAUGUUCUCUAUUUAAAAGAGAUGUAAACGAUUGGAAUUCUUUCUCACGUUGAAAAAAAACAUGUCUAGUUAAUGCCACUGAAUGUAUACUCUGUAAGAGGAUAUUGCCUAAACCACAAAUUCUGGCACAGCAUAAAUUCUCUCCCUAGCAUUGCAAAAGCACUUUUUACCCAUAACUGUUUUCAUCUCCCAGCAAAAUGUAUUAAGGGACUUGUCAAUAACUGUACUUAGGCUCUAGGCAAGGGGUGCCCAAACGGUAGAUCCCCAGAUGUUGUAAAACUAAAACUCCCAUGAUACUUUGCAUGCCUUUAGAAUGACAAGACAUCAUGUAUGUUGUAGUUUUAAAACAUCUGGAGAUCUACCUUUUUGGGCACCUCUGCUCUAGGCUAAUCCAAGAUGGCAUAACGAAAUUACAAAUGAUUGUAUUUCUUUUUAAGGCAGUUAAAGGUAAAGUGAAGGCUGGGAAAGUCGACUGUCAGGCUCAUGGAUAUCUUUGCCAAUCAGCUGCCAUCAGAGCUUAUCCUACUGUUAAAUUUUACCCAUAUCAGGGAUCUAAAAAGGUAAUGUACUAACACUUGCUUUCGACUAAAUACUCAAUGUUUGUUUGUUUUUGACCUCUAAACAAUAACUUCUUCAGAGCUGUUUUGCCUUUAACUAAAAGAGCAUAUAUAUAUUGAAUUAUGGCAAUUGAUCUUAUUUGUUAAAAAAAAUUUUUUUUAUACCAUUAGAGGUCACUAGUGCUUCACGUGACAAUAUGCCUUACUCAAUACAGUUUUGCAAGGCUUAACAAAUUUUACACUAUAGUAAGAUAGUUAACUUGGCUACUAAUUAGAGAAUUUAGUAGCCAAGUUAAGCAUUAAUUUGCAUAACCCUUUUACAUUUUAAUAAACUCCAAAAUGUUCUCAUUUAUACAGUUGAUAAGGGGUAGUUUCAUGGGCUGACGCCUGGAUAUGAAGCCUGUUUUGGCCCAAAUAAUUUAGACAUUUUCUCCCCACUCUGGCUUCUGCAUUUUUCGUUUUUUGAACUAGAAAUGUGUGAUUUCUUCUGUCCUGGCCUCUAAUAGUACAUUUCUAGUUAUUUUUUCCAGAGUUUACGUUGCAUUUUAAUUGCUAGAGUCCUGAGCAAAUGAAACAUGGGUGGCUCCCAGCAAAAUCUAGAAAAGUUAGCAGCAGUGAUGGAAUUGUAUCCCAAUCCUUAAUGUCUUCCCAACUGCUGCUAGACUCCAUGGCAAAGUACAGGUUAACUUAAGUAUUGGGGACAUUACACAAGGCAGGGAAAAAUGAUUUGUUGCCCAUGUCUAGGGAGAGGGAGGUAAAUCGUCAGCACUAAAGAAGUUGGUUAAGGAGUUCCCCCUUGUAUGAGCCCAUAGAAGUGCUUGGUUUAAGAGAAACUGCCGUUUUAUGAAUUGAUUUAGCCAUCAAGAUGACACCCAGGAGGACUACCUAAUUCACUCCACUUUAAAAAUCCAUAAAGAAACACCCAAAACAUCAAUACCUCAUUUUUUUUUUUAAAUAGUGUACCUUUAAAGUGAGAUGUAAGGGGGGAAAAAAAGCUAACUUUUAGUCCGUUACUACUUUAUGCAGAAAUCUCACUAGUGAAAGUUUAUCUUUAAAAGUUGAUAAGAAUAUUCUGCUAGACAGACAGUGAUGUGUGUUUAGAGAAAGUGGCCUGAACUAAAAUUAAAUAAUAUUGGAAGUGUUUGCUUAACUAAUGUGUUUGAAAUUAAGAGGUAAUUUAGCUGCUUCAUGUAUAUGUAUGUGUGUGUGUGUGUGUGUGUGUGUGUGUGUGUGUGUGUGUGUGUGUGUGUGUGUGUGUGUGUGUGUGUAUAUAUAUAUAUUUAAUUUGAGGAGACAUUAUGGUGCAAAAGUAUGGCCUGUAAUCAUUCCCCUCUCUCCUGCACUCGCCUACCCAUUUUCCACACUUCUCUCUAGGUCUGGACCCAACCUUGUGGCAGCUGUUCCUAUUUUCCCUUUCCCACUUUCAAUUAAGAUACUUCGUAAAUUCCACAAACACCAUGUCCCUUUCAGGGAGAAUAGUAAUAUUUUUUUUCUCAGUUCAGAUAUUGCCAGCUAAAAAAAAUAAUAUUUCUAUAAUAUCUCUAUAUGUCUUCAUUCCUAUAACACCAUAUCUCUAGAACUUGCUGUAUAGCACUUUUUGAGCAUGGAAUGCUCAUAUGGCUUGCUACAAGAAAAUGGAGUUUAACCAUUGCUCUCCUUUGUGGGUAAUGUGCCUAGGCUAUUAAACGUAUGUUGGCACAACAAUAUUUGACAUAUUUCAUCUCUGCUUUCUAUUGAGCAAAGUUCAAGAGGCAAGAAACAAACUCCUGACGCAGUGAUAAGACACCCCAAUAAUUAAGAAAGAAGGAUACUUGGUACCUUAGUUGUGGAAACAACAAACGUACCUCCAGCAUUCCUUGAGGUUUGCUAAGAUGAAAACAUUACGUUCUGUUUAUGAUGGGAUGUGUCUACAAACAUGGACACCUUGCAUUGUUACAGUGGUAGCAGAAUUGAAUAGACAACUUAUAGUGUGAAGUCUGAUUUGUAAAUAAAUGCAAACUGGCUCUAAUCCUUUACCGCUCAUUCCUCUACACGUUUAUUUAUUAUUAUUUUUUUUGGGGUUGUGUUUGUGUUCUAGUUUAUUGCGAUAUGUGGAAUUAUUUUGGUUCAUAAACAUUACAAAGCUUUGGUUUUCCUCCACAUGGAGUUGGCAACUGUACUGCUAGUUUGUAUAAGCAGUUUAUUAUAGAUACAUUGUAUCCCUGCUUUCGUUUGUAAUUGCAUUUAAUCCUUACACUGCUUUGUGGAUUGUUUUGCUUUAUUUUCUUAAUAGAAAAAUGCUCAUGGUGAACAUAUAGAUACUAGAGAUCCUCAAGAAAUAGCCAGAAUCAUAACUGCACGGAUAGAAACAAUUAAAAGGCAAUCCAAGAAAAAGGUAAGAUUUUAAUAUUUGUCUAAUUAUAUAGACGGGAAGUGUUUCAAUGUUUAUGUGGCACUUGAUUGCACGAUUUCCCACACAUCAUCAUUUUACCAAAUGCUUUACUUUUAUUGAAAAUCCAACUAAAAUAUAUUGAAGGAAAAUAACUUGAUUAUCUGUAAUAGUAAAUUGCGCAAUUAGACUGUAAUAUUUAUUACAUUUAAAGUGAAUAGGAAGGGUUUUGGUAUUUAUCACAAAAACAUUCAUCAAAAUGUGUCCGGUUUAUUUACUGUAGCGAGAAUUCAAAGUGAUUUUGACUUAGAGAAUUUUUCUAGUUCAGCAAUUCUGACUGUAAAUUUCAAAUUUCACUUUGACGCAUCCAGCAUUCAUGAAAUCCCCAUAGGAAAGCAUUGAGGCAAUGCUUUCCUACGGGGAGGGCCUGAUCCUCACUCCUUGCACACAUGCGUAUUAAGGGUCCCCCUGAUUGAUGACAUCAAAGUAGGCGGAGUGCCAGGUUAAUUUUUUUAUUGUUGUAACCAUUUGUCUGAUGGAAGGUGGGGGACUAGAAAGCGCUUUAGUGUUAGGACUAUAGAUUUGUAUUCUUAACCAUAUAGAAUUGCGGGGUUUUAUUUUUUUAUUUUUUUCUGCUAUGCUGUUUACUUUAUUUAAAUAGUGACUUCUGCAGCCAAAACUCAUGAUUUUUUUUUUUUUUUCUUUUAAAUCUUAUUUAGGAUGAAUUGUGAAUAAAUAUCCAAGACAUUUUAAUAUGGAGCCUUAUCAAGGGAUUCCUAUUGGAAAUUAUACUGAGUAAAAGGAAGAGGAAGAAAGUAAAAAUAAUAAAUAAAAAUAAAAACUUUCAUAUGCAGUAACGCUGGAAACAAUGGACUACGCCAUGUAUGGAGAACUGCCUUUUAAAACUUUGGUUCUUGGAUGCCUUUUAAUUUACUUCACACCGUCUGGAAUAUGCUUUUGAAAAUGUGUUUUUAAAAAUCACAUAAGGUGAAUUCUUCAAAAAGAGUUGAACGUUAUUGGCUAUAUGUUUUCCCUGUAAUGUACACAGUUGUUAAAUGUUUUAAAUUUCCAAUAAUGUCCCAAUUUUAAGAUACCAUUUUGUAUAUUAUGGUGGAAACUGUCAACAAACUCCAUUUCAUCAUGGUAUAUGCUGCUUAAGAUUUAUUACAUGUUGGUUCUGGUUUGUUUUAAUUUUUUAUCCUUUUUAUUAGCAUCUUGUUUUGGAGGUAGUGUCCUAUUAAUAUAGACUAAUGUUUCAAUUAGAUUCUAUGAAUUAUUCCCAUGAACUCCUCUCAACAAAAGUGCCUCUUGAGAUUCAACAACACUACUAUAUUUUGUAAGCCUGUUUUUUGUGUGUCUAUGUUUUUCGUUUUUUGUUUUAACAGAACUAUGCAGUAAUUAUUACUUUUUCAGCUGUUUUAAUUCUGGGAAAUGCUACUGUAACAGUUCUUUAAGUAUGAAGUCAUUUUUUUUUGUUGCAGCAGUGUCUCAUUCAUAAAACCAAUUAUUUAAGCAUGUAGUAUUUGCAAACUAGGUGACUCCAAACGUCAUGUUUACAAUGUGAAUGUAUAUGGUGCAAACAGCACUCAAAGGUAUCUUAUGAAGUUUAAAUUAUUUCAAAUGUGUUUUCUCUCUCCCAUAUGUCAUGUUACCAUGCAAAAUUGUAUGCAAAUGCCUACUCAUCUAAACAGGUUAGUUUUACAUUAUUCAGUUUGUCAAGCUAAAUCCCUAGAUUUGCAGCCAUGGAAGAUGAUCAAAGGUGUAAAUAGUCUGCAUAGACUUCCCUGUUAUAGACCAAAGAUUUGGACUUCAUACAUCACCUAGUUUGAUAAUCAUCUUGUACGAGAAGGGGAGGUUGCAAUUCCUUCCUUACUAAUAGAGGUACCCACAAGAAGACAGAGUAAUCUAGCCAUGAUUAGUAAAUAUAAUCACAAUGAAAACAUUCAUACAUUUAACAAUGCAUUUUUUUUCCAUUGGGGGAAAAGCUAAAAAUAAAAUUAAAAAAACUGCAGAUCUUUGUAAACCCUCCACUUCUGAUCCCGCAUAGACUUUCUGUGGCUGUCCAAUCGCAGACUUCCCAAUGUAGCUCAAUGAGAAAUCUUUGCAAGGCAGGUGCUCUGGGUAAUUGUUGCCUCUUAAGUUUAGCUCCACUGAGCUAAACUACCAGGAAGUAACAGGACCUGUUGUGUAACCAGGUUAAUUUAUAAAUGUGCCAAUUUUUAUUGACUCUAUACUUUUUGUAAAAUGGUGGGGGGUGAGGGGGGGACAUUAAGUACUUAAGUGAAAAUGCUUUAAGGGUAUGGAGUGUUCCUUUAAUGCCCAUAAUCUAGAACACUAUUGCUACUAUAAAAGACUUUCAUGUGCAUGCUCUGCUUUUGACAGUUCUAGUAGGAUUUUUUUUUUUAUUAUUUCAGUAUUUAUACUUCACUGUGUGCAUUAAAGCUGCAACAAUUAAUUGACAGAUGAAUAUUGACAAAUAUCUUUGCACUCAGAAUCCCAUCUUUCUAGGUAUCUCCUCUAACUGCAGUGUCUUCAAGUCCCAAAAAUAAGCAAUGCAGACUUGGGGGCAGGGACUCCAAAAGUUGUGUACUUUCAAAGUUCCCAGUCUACAGUUUUUCAGCAGAGGUCUAUGCUAACCUGUUAAUAAAACCGUAAACGUCUUAGGGGAAGUCCUGCAUUCAGUUACCUUGCAGACGAAAGGAUAAAUCUCAAAUGAGAUAGAAGUGAGCUUUCUUACAAAUCCCCACGAAUAAACCUGUUAACAGUUUUGAAGGUAACACAUAGUUGGCAGCACUGUGACAAGACUGCACUAAAGAAAAGCAGAUAGAAACACAAAUAUUAGACCUGAGUUCAAAAUUACAAUAUUCACACUCAAUGUUAGCCAAAACCGUAGCAUGCACUCUGUCCCAGGGUAUUCAACUGAAAAUGUCAACUUUAUGAUGUAUGAUCAGCACCUUCAACAUGACAAAGUAUGUGCAUGUUUGUAUAGUCCCUUUACCCCAUGGGAAACAUUUUGGGUUUGCAAACAAAUUGUUGCCCAGUCUGCUCUUAAAAAUGUUGCCACAUUUAACUUAAAAUGGCAAUAUAUGAAACCCUCCAUAUUUUUAUUUUCUUUAACCUGUGCAAUAUUGGCAACCAUUUCAUUCAGGAGUGGACAUCGUAGAUUCUGUUUGAUUGUGUGCAUCAUACAGGACAGUGUAGUUUGAAUCUUCCCAAUAUGAUGAUAUGGUUGUCGGGUUGACUGGCAUACUUGUAUACCAAAACUGAUGUUAUAUGCGUAACACAUCUGUACAUACAAAGAAUAUUUUAGAGUUUAAAUAUGGUUUUAAUGUUUAAAGAAUUCUACUACAGUUAGCAAAACCCACGUGUUAACAAAAAUGUUCCACGAUCCCAAGCAGUUAGCCAGCUAAAAGAAAAUUGUAUAGGGAGAGGGCUGGGGGUCUCGUUUUGUUUUUUUGUUAAAGAAUGUUUGUUUUUAAUUAGUCCUAAAUAAUAUCACAUUUCAAUUUGAAAAUUGUCUACUGAAAAGUAAUAAAAUUAUUGUACGUUGUCUUCUUUCAAAGCAAUUUGUUUUGACAUGAGUUUGUAAUAAAACUGG